UUUCGACUAUUUGAAUCCCUAGAGGAAGAAAAAAAGAUAAAUCCUUCUUUUCUGAGAGUUGGAGAUUCCUCCAUCACAAUUCCCAAGGAUUUUUGCUGCCCAAUUUCUCUGGAUCUUAUGAGAGACCCUGUGAUUACCUCCUCCGGCCAGACUUAUGAUCGUGCCUCCAUCACGCAAUGGAUUGACGAAGGCCACUGCACUUGCCCUAACUCAGGCCAAAUGCUCGCUCACACUCAUCUUAUGCCAAAUCGAGCUUUCAGAAACCUAAUCGCUCAGUGGUGCGUAGCUCACGGAAUCCCCUAUGAUCCCCCCGAUGGCUACGACGCAUCUGCUGAAAUUGCUUCUACUGCUUCAUCCUCCUUCGCCGCCUCCUUCGCCAACCGAAAAACAGCUGAGAUUUUGUUGGGAAAUCUUACGAUUGGUUCUGAAUCAGAGAAGACAGUUGCAGCUCUCGAGAUACGCUUGUUGGCCAAAACAGGGAAGGAGAACCGAGCUUGCAUUGCAGAGUUGGGUGCCAUUCCCUUACUUGAGAAGCUUCUCAACUCACCAAAUCCCAGCACACAGGAAAACUCAGUGACCGCCAUACUCAACCUCUCCAUACUCGAAAACAAUAAGAUGAGAAUCAUGGAACUGAACGACUGUCUUACUUCGAUCGUCUCAGUUUUGGUCAACGGAUUGACUACUGAAGCAAGAGAGAACGCUGCUGCUACUCUCUUCAGCCUUUCCGCUGUUCAUGCCUACAAAAAGAGAAUCGCUGAUGAGUGUGGCGCCAUUGAAGCCUUGGCACUGUUGCUGAAGGAAGGAACGCCAAGAGGGAAGAAGGAUGCUGUGACUGCUCUCUUCAAUCUCUCCACACAUCCCGAUUGCUCCUCAAGAAUGGUGGAAUCUGGAGCAGUAUCAGCACUGGUAGAAGCUCUGAUGACCGAAGGAGUCGCAGAGGAGGCUGCAGGAGCCAUUGCUCUGCUAGUCAGGCAACAAACUGUGGCAGACAUAGUUGGGAAGGACGACGCCACAGCCUCCAGCCUUGUCAAUUUGAUCAGGAGGGGCAGUGCGAAGGGGAAGGAGAACGCAGUUGCAGCUUUGCAUGAGCUUUGCAGGAAUGGUGGGAUUGCUUUGACACAGAAAGUGGCACGGACUCCGGCAUUGGGUGGUCUCAUACAGACCAUAUUGUUCACUGGUACAAGGCGGGCGAGGAGGAAGGCGGCCUCGCUUGUCAAGUUGUGCCAGAGAAGCGAGAUAGCGGCGGCGACGGCGGUGCAGUUUGGCGGUGGAUGGGAGUACACUGCGAGAAACAGCUCCAUGAGAAGGAAUUCGAGCUUUGUUACAGGUGAUGUAUCAGUUUCAGUUUCACUGGGAAUAUCGGUGCCUGUUCUGUAGAUUGUAUGGGAGAGAGCUGAGGGGUGGAUUCUUUCAUUCAUGCUUGGGUGAAGGUAAAUUGUAUGACAGGGGCUCCAUACCUGUAAAUCUCAUUUGCUGUAAUUAUACUCUUUUGAAAGAUUACCUGCUUGAUAAUACAAUAUUGAUC